AUGGAUCAUUUAGAGCAAGAGAAUCAUGAACUCCGUGAAGAAGUGACUACUUUGAGGUACAGUUUCGCAAGGCUCACUGCUAUGAUGGAAGCUUUGAUGGCUACUCAGAAUCAGCCUCCUCCUCCUCAGACUCCACUUCAGAGGACUGUAAUUUCUAAAAUCAUUUAUAUGACUCCGGUCAAUGCUCCACAUCACCAAAUUCCUUCUGGUUUCCCUUGGGGUAUGCCCCCUAACUAUGUGUCAAAAGGAUAUCAGCCAAUUGUUGAAGUUCUCGUUACUCAACCUGUUAUGAUGGAUGGAUUUCAAGAUCAGUUUCAAGCAAUGCAAAAGAAGAUUAAAGCUUUGAGAGGAGAUGAGUUAUUCGGAAAGAAUGCUCAUGAUCUUUGCUUAGUUCCUAAUGUAAAUAUCCCUUAUAAGUUCAAAGUCCCAGAUUUUGAGAAGUAUAAGGGAAGAUCUUAUCCUUUGAGUCACUUGGUGAUGUAUGCUCGCAAGAUGUCAACUCAAACUAAUAACCAUCAACUAUUGAUUCACUACUUUCAAGACAGUUUGACUGGUGUUGCUUUAAAGUGGUACAUGGAACUUGAUGGCACUCAUAUCCUUACUUUCAAGAAUUUAGGAGAAGCUUUUGUUCGUUAA